CUUCAUCUCUUAGCUGCCAGCAACAUACCACUUGCAGUAUAUGAUAACGUUAAACACGAGGAAAAAAAAAGAAUCCCAUCAUUCAUCAUGGCUUCCUUUCAAUUAUCUCUCACCAAUCCCAAACACAGUAUAAACCAUACUUUCCGAGAAGUUUUUCCAUUAAGGAACACAAUCAAACCUAAGGGCCUCUCUUUCCCAAACAAAAGACUUUCACCAAAACUAUCUUUGAAAUCUUCAUCUCUUUCAAAUUUAGAGGACAUUGAAACUCAACACUAUGAAGAAGAAGAAGCAGAGAAAAAACCCCUUCAUGAGAUGUGGAGAGAAAUCCAAGGGUGCAACAAUUGGAAAGGUUUACUUGAUCCUAUGGAUUCUCAUCUAAGAAAAGAAAUCAUUCGUUAUGGUGAAUUUGCCCAAUCUUGUUAUGACUCAUUUGACUAUGAUCCCCAUUCUAAGUAUUGUGGGACUUGCAAGUAUCAACCAUCACAUUUCUUUGAGAAGGUCAACAUGGUGAAAAAAGGUUACGAAAUUAGAAGAUACUUGUAUGCAACAUCGAAUAUCAACUUGCCAAAAUUCUUCCAAAAAUCGAAAAUGAGUAACAUUUGGAGCCAACACGCGAAUUGGAUGGGCUACGUAGCUGUGGCCACGGAUCCAGAAGAAAUUAAACGACUAGGACGUCGUGACAUCGUCGUUGCAUGGCGUGGCACGGUAACGUACCUAGAAUGGAUCCAUGACCUAAAAGACAUUUUGCACCCGGCUCAUUUUCACGACGAUCCUAACAUCAAGAUUGAGACCGGGUUCUUCGAUUUGUACACUCAAAAAGAGAAAAAUUGUCACUAUUGUUCAUUUUCUGCUCGUGAACAAAUUUUAGCGGAGAUUAAUCGAUUAAUCGAGAAGUACGAAGGUGACGAGCUAAGUAUUACAAUUACUGGUCAUAGUCUUGGUGCAGCAUUGGCUUUGUUAAGUGCUUAUGACAUAGCUGAAAUGAAAUUGAACAUUUUACAUAGUGGUAAGUCCAUCACUAAAAUAAUUCCUAUCACAGUUUUCACAUUUGGCAGCCCUAGGGUUGGAAAUCUUAAAUUUAAAGAAAGGUGUGAAGAGCUUGGAAUUAGAGUUUUGAGAGUGAUAAAUGUGCAUGAUAUGGUGCCAACAGUUCCUGGGAUUAUUACAAAUGAGAAAUUUCCAUUCCAAAAGCAAUUGGAAGAGAGACUCUCAUUUCCUUGGAGUUAUGCUCAUGUUGGGGUCGAGUUAGAAUUGGACCAUCACCAAUCUCCUUUUCUCAAGCCCACUAGUGAUUUGGGCUGUGCACACAACCUUGAGGCCCAUUUACACCUCGUUGACGGAUACCAUGGCACGGCCCGGGCGUUUUGCUCUGCCACCGGGAGGGACGUGGCUCUCGUGAACAAGGAUUCGAGUUUCUUGAAGGAGGACUAUGACGUGCCCCCAUUUUGGUGGCAAGAUGAGAACAAAGGCAUGGUGAGAACUAUCGAUGGGCGGUGGAUACUGCCGGAGAGGCCCAUAAUUGAGGCCCAUCCGCCAGACACGGCCCAUCAUUUUCAGAAAGUCCUCAAACUUGCUAGAGCUAGACUAAAUUUACCAUAGUUACUACUAAUAACUAAAGUAUGUUUUACCCUUCAACGUUAGCUUUUGUAACGAAAAUUACAUAAGUAGGCUUGCUAAGAAGAGAAUGUGUGGAUGUAGAUAUGUCUUUGAAAAUAUUGUGAUGCCCAAUUAUUAAUAAGUAACUAAGUGUUGUCUUUUCAAAAA